GGCGACUUGUGAAUUGUGACAGAUUAUAUAUAAGAACAUUAAUAUAUAAUGUUUAAGUUAUUAAAUAUAAUAGUAUGAAUUUAUAAAAUUCAUAAAUAAUUUAUUUUAAAAUGCCGGUUGAUAUUAAUCGAUUGACUGAAGGGUGGCUGGAACUGGAAAGUGAUCCUGGUUUAUUUACGUUACUGUUGGAAGAUUUCGGAGUAAAAGGAGUUCAGGUAGAAGAGAUUUAUGAUUUACAAAAAUCAUUAGAAGGACCUGUUUAUGGAUUCAUAUUUUUGUUCCGUUGGAUUGAAGAACGACGGUCACGUCGCAAAGUCGUCGAGCAAGAUGAGAGUUUUGUUAAAGACGAAGAUGUUGUCAAUAAUAUUUUCUUUGCACAACAGGUUGUACCCAACAGUUGUGCGACCCACGCAUUAUUAUCCGUAUUACUAAACUGUCCAAAUAUUCAUCUCGGCACAACACUGUCACGUCUAAAACUUCACACAUCAGGAAUGUGCCCAGAGAACAAAGGCUGGGCAAUAGGUAACACACCAGAGUUAGCUUGCGCGCACAAUUCCCAUGCAAUGCCACAAGCUAAACGACGUCAGGAUAAAAACACUGGUGUGUCAACGGGACGUUUCACCGGCGAGGCAUUUCACUUUGUCAGUUACGUACCAAUUAAUGGCCGACUAUUUGAAUUAGACGGUUUGAAACCUUAUCCGAUGGAUCAUGGACCCUGGAAAGAACACGAAGAGUGGACUGAACAAUUUCGUCGCGUUAUCACUGACCGUCUUGGCAUAUCAACUGGCGAACAGUUGCAAGACAUAAGAUUCAAUUUAAUGGCCGUAGUACCAGAUCGCAGGCUUGCUAUUUCCCAUAAACUGACGAUGCUCAAAACAAAUCGUCAAAUUGUCGUUGAAGCGCUUCAGCAAUUAGUAAAAUUAAGUAACAGUAGUCAUCAUCACAAUAAUAAUGCCAAUGUAAAUGGUAAUCAUCAUCAUAAUAAUCAUAAUAAUCACAAUCAUCAAGAUAAUUUAACGGUAGGGGAUAAAAACAAUGAGGAUAAAAGUGAUAAAAAAUUAAAAACUGAAGAUGAUUGUAAGAAUGAAGUAAAAAAUGAAUCAGAAAUAACAUUCAGUGUACCUGCUGUUAAUGUUGAACAAUCAAAUACGGAUUCACAUACUGAUGUUAGCAAUGAAAAUGCCAAUGCCAAUACUAAUAAUGUUAAAACUGAGUCAACUACUACUAUUGAAAAAGUUGUAAUGUGUGCAUUGGAUUACGCAACUCCACUACGUAUUCAAACUUCUCCGGCACAUAGUUCUUCCAGCACGGAUACUUCAUCGGAAAUUGGAUCAGCUUUUAAUUCACCAACUCAAGCAUGGGGAUGGAAUUCCGGGCAAAGUAGUCCAACUUCAACAAAAGAUUUUAAAAAGUUCGUCGUAAUUCGCGUUGCUGGUGAUGAAAAAAAUGAAGCGGGUCUUACUCGGUCUCUUGGCAAUAUAAAUAUUAAUGGCAAAAGGCUUGUCUCGGACUCGGGACAUUUACAUAAAAAGGUUUGUUUGUCUGGCGAAGUUAGAAUUCCUCAUGCAAGAGUUAAAACAAGUAAUGGCGAUACUGUUACUGAAGAAAAAAAAGUUGAAAAAAUAGACUCGAAACUUUGUUCAAAGUAUCCAGAGUUAUUUGAACCUCAUACUUUCGCGCCAAAAGAUUUGUUGGCUUUAUUAAAAAAUCUUGAACAAGAAAUAAAUAUAUGUGAGACGAGUUUGAAAGAUGAAAAUGAUAAGAGAAAUAAAUAUAAAAUUGAUGAUUGCAGACGAACGCAUAAUUACGAUGAGUUUAUAUGCACAUUCUUAUCGAUGUUAGCCCAACAAGGAAAGCUUGCGGAAUUGGUUCAACAGCAUCUUACAUUAAAGAAACAUACAUCUGUUACUGUUAAUCGAGUACACAGAUCCUCUAAAAAAACAGACGCGAGACCAAACACUUCACGCAGACGACGUGGCCGUACUAAAUGCAAAAAACGUAAAUAAAAGAAAAUGAAGUUUAAAUUUUAUUUGAAAGUUUUACGCAGGUCGUGAACGUUACACCGAUGACGAUAAUCAAACCUCAAUGUGAGAUAUCUACUAUCAUUUUGUUUCACAAAAUUUUUUAUUUAUAAUCAUCAUUACCCGGAUAGAAUUACUCAAAUAUAAUAUUAAUUAUACUGUAUAAAAAUUUUUAUAUUUGUCUGUGGUCAGAUAUGAAUGUAUAUGACCAUAUAUGAUCAUGCAUGCUACUAUAAGAGAUAUCAUAUAUAAUUUUAUGAUUAUGUAUAAGUGCAUAUUCUCAUGCCUGAUUAAAUUCAAAUUAAUAUCUGAUCAUAUAUGGUACCAGAUAUGAACUAUGUAGAAUCAUGUAUGAACGUAUAUGAUUAUACAUAGUAUCAGAUAUGAUCAUGCAUAUUAUUGGAUGUGAUCAUAUAUAAUAUAAGGGAUGAUCAUAUAUGAUAUCAGAUAUAGUUAGACAAAAAGCCAUAUAUUCUACUAUGGUUUCGAGCUUGAUCGUAAAUGAACUCAUCUGAUCAUACAGGAUAUCUGAUAUGAUUAUAUAUGAAGCUCCAUAUUCUAAUGUAAUUUCAUAUACGAUCAUAUACAUUAUCAUACAUGCUAUCAGAUAUUAUCAUGUAUGGUAGUAGAUAUGAUCAUAUAUAAUAUCAGAUAUAGUCGCACAUAGUAGUCUACUAUAGUUUUGAACUUAAUCGUAUAUGAAUUGAUCUAAUCAUAGAUAGUAUCAUAUAUGAUCAUAUAAAAGUUCCAUACUCUAAUAUCGUUUCAUAUACGAUCAUAUACACUAUAUACAUCAGAUACGAUCAUAUGUGAUCAUACAUACUAUCAAAUAUUAUCAUCUAUGGUAUUAGAUAUGAUCAUAUAUAAUAUGUGAUAUGAGCAUACAUGCCAUCACAUAUAGUCGCACAUAAAGUCAUAUACUCUAAUAUAGUUUUGAACUUAAUAUUAUAUGAACUAAUCUGAUCAUACAUAGUAUCAGAUACGAUCAUAUGUGUUCAUACUUACUAUCAGGCGGAAUCGUACAUGCUAUCAGAUAUCAUUUAUGGAAUUAGAUAUAUGAUAUGGUAUCAUAUAGACAUAUCUGAUUUUAUGUAGACAUAGAUAUCAUAUCUGAGUAUUUGUUCCCGGGUAAUUUCACGUGCUCAUUGAAACCAGUGUUUUUUAUUUUCAUAUUAUUAUUAUUAUUAAUAAGUGAUAAGUAAGCCUUAUUAUAAAGUGUACAUCCUAUUAGCAACGGCGAUAAAUAUUCCAAUCAAUUAAUUAUUACAUUACUAUUUCAAUAGAUAUAGUAAGUAUUUAAAGCUGUUUGUACUAUUAAUUUUUUUAAUUAUUUAUCAAUCUAAAAAAUUUCUUUUUAAUUUUACGACUACAAAAUUCUAUAUUGUAUUUAUAGAAACUGUUGAAUCAUGAAUGAUUUAGAUUUACAUUAAUUCAAAUCUAUAACACUUAAUUACGUCACUUAAAUUUUUUAUAAUUAAAGUUGAUAAUCAAUUAUUAAAUAAUUUUAAAAGUAAAUAUACAUCUUCCAUUAAAAUCACACGUGC